AUGGAUCUGUUUAAGGCCAUCUUUGCCAGCUCCUCUGAUGAGAAGUCCUCCUCUUCAUCAGAGGGGGAGAGCAGCGAUGAGGAGGAAGAAAAGGUGACAAAGGAGGAUGAAGGAAAAGUGGACUCGGAGCCACUGAACCUCUUCAGCAUCCCCUCCUCCUCCUCAGCCACCACCGCCUCCUCCUCAGCCACCGCCUCCUCCUCAGCCACCACCUCCUCCUCAGCCACCACCUCCUCCUCAGCCACCGCCUCCUCCUCAGCCACCACCUCCUCCAGUCACCAAGCAGCAGCAGUUUCCACUCAGGCCUCCGAACAGGAAGAGGAGGAGUUUGGGCCGAAGCUGCCGCCUCCCUCGGCUGCUCUGAUCAGAGGGGGCGCCGCCUCCAUGUGCCCUCCAAUCAAGGAGGUUAAAACGGGCAAGAAGAGCAAAGAGAAGAAACACAAGAAAAAGAAGCAUUACAAACACAAGAAGGAAAAGAAGAAGAAGAAACACAAGAAGCACAAGCACAAAGAAGCAGCCGAAGAAGAGCAAGGAGGAGGAGCCGGCGAGCAGGAAGGUGAAGACGGACAGGUGUCGACAGACGAGCUGCUAAAAAGACUAAAGAGCAUCCGCUCCCAUCAGAUGUGGUGAAUCAGUUGGAGGUCUGUCCUCUGUGAGGACCGUCAGUCAGCUGAUUGUUUCACCUGACAGAUUACCUGCUGUGUAGUUUUAGGUAAUAACAAAAAAUCUUUAUAACCAAGUGUUCUGUAUUUACUGACCUGCUGGGAAACCUUCAAUCACACGAAAAACUGACGUUUUGUGUUUAAGUGAAGAACUCUCUCUUAAAGGAGGUGAACAUGUCACUGUCACAGUCUGUUUCCAUUCAUCGAUUGCAAACGAUGAAACCUUAGGUUACACUCGAGACCAAAAAGGCCACAUUGGACAGAAAAGACGUGUAACCACGAUUACUAUGGAGAAGGAAAGGAACAGCUGAUUUGGGUUGCUGUGGUAACAUUCCUGCUGCCCCGUAUAGAUUCCUUCGUUACCAGUUACAUUGUAAGAAGUUUAUUGAUAUUGACACAAAGAGACAACUGUGAUCUUUUAGAACUUUUGCUACAUAUUCUGAUGAUUUCAGAGACUUCUGUGUGUGACGUCGUUUAAGCUUGACAUUGAUAUAAUAUUACAAACAUUAAUCCAAGAUUACAGAUUGGUAAGAAAUGCGUUACAAA